AUGGUGAAGACGGAGCAAAAAAGUUUAGUAGAGCCAAACAAGACAUCAAUGUCAAUAUCAUCAUCAUCUUCUUCAACAUCAAGCAAUAUCAAUAACAUGAAGAUGAAGAAGAAUAAGUACAAAGGAGUUAGAAUGAGAAGCUGGGGAUCAUGGGUAUCAGAAAUAAGAGCACCAAAUCAAAAAACAAGAAUCUGGUUAGGUUCCUAUUCUACCCCUGAAGCUGCUGCUAGAGCUUAUGAUGCUGCACUUUUAUGCCUAAAAGGCCCUUCUGCUUCUUCAAAUCUCAACUUUCCUUUUGACUCUUCUUUCUAUCACCACAUUGAUCAUCACACUUCUACAACACUCUCUCCUAAAGCCAUUCAGAGAGUGGCCGCGGCUGCCGCGGCCACUCCUCAACAAAAUAUAGGGUUAGCACUGUCAUCUGACAGUACUAACCCUACUAUUUUAUCAUCUCCAUCUCCACCACCUUCUUCUUCAUCUACUACUACUUCUUCUGAGGAUAUAAAUGAUGUUUGUUUAUUUCCAAAUUAUACUUUUGAUCAAGAGAUGUCAAUGAUUGAGCAAUGGUACAACUUUGAUUCACCAAAGUAUAAUGACAUGUUACAUGGUACAGUUUUCUUUGAUCCACCUUCAAUGGAGGAUGUUUAUUAUGAAGAAUCAUCAGCAGAUAUCCCUUUAUGGAGUUUUUGCUAAUCAUCAAGAUCUCACUUCAAUUAUUUAAUUAUUCU